AAGCAGGAAGUGGGAGCGCAGCGAGCCGGGGCGGGAGCGGGCUGCGGCGGCGGGGCCGGCGCGCCGGGCGAUGGCGGAGAAGUUUGACCACCUGGAGGAGCACCUGGAGAAGUUCGUGGAGAACAUUCGGCAGCUCGGCAUCAUCGUCAGCGACUUCCAGCCCAGCAGCCAGGCCGGGCUCAACCAGAAGCUGAAUUUUAUUGUUACUGGCUUACAGGAUAUUGAUAAGUGCCGACAGCAGCUUCAUGAUAUUACUGUGCCUUUAGAAGUUUUUGAAUAUAUAGAUCAAGGUCGAAACCCCCAGCUUUACACCAAAGAGUGCCUGGAGAGGGCUCUGGCCAAACAUGAACAAGUUAAAGGCAAGAUUGACACAAUGAAGAAAUUUAAAAGCCUGUUGAUUCAAGAACUUUCUAAAGUGUUUCCGGAAGACAUGGCUAAAUAUCGGAGCAUCCGGGGAGAGGACCACCCCCCUUCCUAACUGAAGACCCCGGAGUCCUUUUUGAGUUGCUGGGGCUGAGGUGACAUCGUUGUGGGCAGCGUCCCCCUGCCCCUGAGGACUGGUCCUGUCCUCCGCCCUCACCCUGUUGGCGUCCUGCGGCUGGGCCGGAGCAGCAGCGCAGCUGCACUCAGCCGCCGCAGCCUCUGGUGCUCCAAGUUCUUGGAGUGGUUCCUGCCAUUCAUUCUCCCAGUGGCAGAAUGGCAGGAAGCAGUCUUGGAGAUAGUACAUGGGAUUAUACUGUACUUGGCAUUUUUCUUUGUAUGUUCUCGUUCAUGCUAUCAGAAAGCUAAAAAAGUUGGUUUUAUAUCUUACAUUUUCCAGUGAAGAAUGUGUAACUUUGGAUUUCAAUUUGACAUGUAUAUAUAAUAAAGCGUUUUCAGUAUUUA